GGGUUGAAAACGCGGCAUGGAGAACCAGAUAAUGGGCAUUGGCUAUUUGACAGGCAUAUUAAACUCCCCUCUUUGCUCUUACUCCUUGCUGUUUACUUCGACUGGAUAGUAUUCAGAAGGAAAUGAUGGAGAUCAACCUGGACCCACCAGCCGGCUGCAGUGCGGCACCUAAGAGCGACAACCUGUACAGCUGGACGGCAACGAUUACAGGACCGAGCGAUUCGCCAUAUGCUAAUGGUGUCUUCUUUCUCGACAUACAAUUUCCUCAGGACUAUCCUUUCCAGCCUCCAAAGGUUACAUUCCGCACCCGUAUCUAUCACUGCAACAUCAACAACCAGGGUCAUAUUUGCCUGGACACCUUGAAAGACAACUGGUCGCCUGCCUUGACCAUCUCGAAGGUCCUGCUUUCAAUCACCUCGCUCUUAGCGGACGCCAACCCUCAUGAUCCGUUGGUCGAAAGCAUUGCCAGUCAGUUCUUGAACGAUCGACAAGAGCACGACCGUGUGGCAAGAGACUGGACCAAGAGAUAUGCCAGAGAUUAGAGUUCGCCGUGGGUUUCAUAUGGGCAACUCCCUUCUGAUCUAGUCAUUCAUCCCGUUUGCACAGGAUAUUUUAAAGUGUGAUUG